AUACUAAGCAUUGGAUAUUAUCUGAUAAAAUAACUAGUUUGCCAUAUGGUCAUUGGCGUAUACAAGCAUAUAAAAAUUUUGUAUCAAAUGGAAUAUCUCCAGAGUUGGCUGAACAAAGAGCUUUAAGCAUUAAGCUCUCAAAGAAAUAUCAAAAUGAAUGUGUAUCUCAUAUAUCUAUUGCGAAGCAAUGA